AGAGGAGAGCAUGUCAGUGUACUGUUGACUCCCUCCUUGUCAUGUUCACACUCUUACAUCCUUUGCCUGCAAAGCGUGGAUGAUGUCUGCUGCUUCGAGACUUAGAAGGAUGUUGACUCCAAGGAUAACUCUUGCAACCUUUGUGCUCCUCAUUCAAACAUCUCAUUACUCAACGGCAACUAAUGCUAAUGAUUCCCCAUUUACACUUGUGAACAAGGCYACUGGGUUUUGCUUGGUGAAGAGAUCUUCCCGUUGCCAAGACAUUCGCUGGACAACAGGCGACCGGCUUUUUGUGACUUCGACCAAAAAGUGCAUCGGAGCGCAGGGCAGAAAUGUGGGGAGUGAAGUGAGCCAAUAUGACUGCGACGAGAAAAGCUCACUGCAGAAGUGGGAAUGCAUGAAUGGAACAGUGCUCGCUCUCAAAGGCCAGCAGUUAUUCAUUGAAGUUAGAGACGAUGAAUCAGUCAUGCUCUCCAGAACUAUUGGGCCAAAUAACCACCUUACAAUCCCAGGCACAGCAAGCGGUGCCUGCACGAGAACAUACAGAGAACAUUAUACCAUCGGUGGGAACUCUUUUGGCAAGAUCUGCAUGUUUCCCUUCAUGUACAAAGACCGAUGGUUUGCAGACUGCACUACGUUCGACUCCAAAUCGAAGCGCAACUGGUGUGCAAUUGAGACCAAAUAUGAGCACGAACAAUGGGGAUACUGCCCAACUUCGUCCACUGAACACUGGACCAAAAAUGUUGUCACCGGAGCGUACUAUCAGGUGAACGCGCAGUCAGUUCUGACCUGGGCUCAAGCUGACACCAGCUGCAAACAGCAGGCCGCUUCUUUGGUCAGCAUUGUGGAUCCUGCUGAGAAGGCCUUUGUCACAGCACUACUGGAUUCAGGGAGAAACAAACUCUGGAUCGGGUUAGUUUUGGACCCAGAACAUGGCUGGCAGUGGACUGAUGGGAAGCCUGUCCGCUAUCUAAGAUGGGAUACUGGAAAUCCACUUCCCAAUCCUGGACACAGCUGUGCCGUUCUGGAUGUUUCUGGCCAGUACAAAUGGCAGAGUUCAUCCUGCUCCAAGAAAAUGGGCUACAUUUGUUACAAAGGCGGAGACCUGCCAGCUCCUCAGCAAAUUGAGCAAGGGUUUUGCUCAAACCCUUGGAUCCCAUACAACGGCCAUUGCUUUCACCUUCAKCGUGCCGUUCAGACUUGGCCUGAUGCUCAGAGAGAGUGCCGYAAGGAGGGAGGCGAUCUCGUGAACAUCCGCAAUGUGGAGGACCAAAGCUUCGUCAUUUCUCAGCUCGGUUAUGCGUCCRCAGAUGAGCUUUGGAUUGGACUGAAUGACAGGACCACAGAAGGCCUUUUUGACUGGAGUGACCACUCCACUGUCACCUUCACCAGCUGGGAGUUUGGAGAACCAACUGUCUCCUCUGAGGAUGAAGACUGUGUUCUCAUCAGAGGGAAGAAUGGGAACUGGGCCGAUCGCUCAUGUGCAGAAAAGCAUGGAUUUAUUUGUAUGAAGCAAAGUUCYACUGAAAGAACUGGAGAUGAAGUGGAGAUGGACAUUGGCUGCAAAGCUGGUUGGAGAAAACAUGGCUCUUACUGCUACUUUAUUGGAACUGAGACAAAAACCUUUGAUGAAGCUAAAGAAGACUGCAAGAGGGCAGACUCCUACUUGGCUGAUGUCUCAAAUGGGGUGGAUAAUGCCUUCCUUGUGAGCCUGGUGGGACUGAGACCAGAGAAACACUUCUGGCUUGGACUCUCAAACCAGAACAACAUUGAUGUUUUCGCGUGGACCAACUCAGAGUCUGUCAGAUUUACUCACUGGAACGCUGGGAUGCCAGGCUACCAGCAGGGCUGUGUUGCCAUAGCCACUGGGAUUUCAGCCGGACUCUGGGAUCUGCUGCCCUGCACCAAUCAGGAGAAAUACAUCUGCAAACACAUGGCCGAGGGGGCCGUUGCAACAGUGCCACCACCGACUCAGCUGCCUCCCCAGUGCGCAGAAGGCUGGAAUCGAGUGGGAACAAGGAACAUGUGCUCGAAGUUCUUCACAGGUCCGAGGUCACACGAGAAGACCUGGUUUGAGGCCAGAGAUUACUGCAGGGCCAUCGGAGGAGAUUUACUGAGCAUCCACAGCACAGCUGAGCUAAUGGUGAACCACCGAAGUGGUAGRGGUUGGAUUGGACUUCAUGUUGCAGAUCCAAACACUGGUUUUACUUGGAGCGAUGGAAGCCCGCUUAACUUCCAGCACUGGCAGGAAGGAGAGCCAAACAAUUUUAACAACGAUGAAUCUUGUGGCGAAUUCACGAUGCACAGCUGGGAUGAAAUCGGACUGUGGAACGACCUGAACUGUGAGAGUUACAAUGACUGGUUCUGUCAGAUCCGUGCAGGAGUAACCCCUAAACCAGCUCCUAAUGAUACAGCUGCUGAUUUUAAUACGACUGCGGAUGGUUGGAUACUGUGGAGAGGAAAACAGUAUUUUAUUAACAGAAUGGCGAAGUCGAUGGAAGAAGCUCGCCACUUCUGCCAGCAGAGACACGGUGACCUGGCAGUGAUCAACAGUAAAGAAGAAAACAUUUUCAUAUGGAAACAGAUCUCCAGAAGCUAUGGAUCCUAUUACAUAGGUUUGUCCGUGGAUCUUGAUGGGUCAUAUUGGUGGUUGGAUGGUACUUCAGUCACAUAUAAAAGAUGGGAUGAGAAUCAGCCGAACACUGAGGCGUUUGAUGAGAACUGUGUCGCRAUGAGUUAUCACAUGGGUUACUGGCGCACUUCCAAUUGUGGAAGAGAGUUUCAGUCCAUUUGUAAGCGAACGACCGUUCCAGCUGUGAACACCACYGCAGCCCCAACGAGCCCUCCUAAAGGAGGCUGCCCAAACUUGUGGACCAAGUUUGGCUCAAAGUGUUAUAGGAUGAUAAGUGACCGCAAAACMACAUGGGAAGAUGCACGACAACAGUGCAUCAGUCUGCAAGCCAACUUAGCCUCCAUUCCCACGAGACAAGUGCAAGCCCUUUUAACCAUGAAAAUGCUCGAGGUACCAAAUACUGAUUUGUGGAUUGGCUUGAACAGUCUAAAACAAGAAGGAUUUUUCUGGACUGACGGAAAAACACGACAAUACACCAACUGGGGUUAUUCUAAAAAUCAACGUCGUCCUGGAUCAUUUUAUCAAAGAUGGAAUGAGGAAGACUGYGUGGUGAUGACCAGUAAGCCUUCUUUUGGGAUUGGUAAAUGGUUGAUUAAGUCCUGCAAUGACACCAAUGGAUAUAUCUGUCAAAGGAAUGUGGGUUCAAUGUACCCAGAUCAACCAGGCCCAAUAGAUCCCAACAUCUAUCGAAGCGUGGGAAAUGACAGCAUCAAGGCUUUGACUGAGAAGCUGUCYUGGGAGGAUGCCAAGAAAAAAUGUGAAUCUGAAAAAGCCAAACUGGCCAGCUUACGAAAUGAGUGGACCAGCUCAUAUGUUGAGCUCCUGGCUAAUCUCAAAGGUCCUCUGUGGAUCGGACUGAACAAAAAUAAGACUGGAGGUUAUUUCCGGUAUGUUGAUGGCUGGCACAUGAACUCCGCCAACUGGGCUGAAAAUGAGCCAAGCAGGAACAAACCAUGUGUGUACAUAGAUGGGGACGGAAAAUGGAAGACCGCUUACUGCAACGAGACUUUGAGCAGCGUUUGUAUACAGUCGACAGAGGUUCCUCCGACAGACUCCACCUCAUUUCCUGGACGCUGCCCUGAAGAUACYGAUGUAGAGUACCAGGACAGCCACAGCUGGCUGCCUUUUCGGGGCUACUGUUAUUUGUUUGUCACAGAUGAAAUUGAAUGGGCAGAUGCAGCUACCAGCUGCGUACGGCAUGGUGGAGUCCUUGCAAGUAUUGAAGAUCCUGAUGAGCAAAGAUUUAUCAAAAGCAACAUAGAAGUAUUUCAAGACAGCCACUCCUCUUUCUGGAUCGGCCUCUUUAAAACACACAAAGGAACAUGGUUGUGGUUAGAUAAAACAGUCCUGGACUUCACUAACUGGGCUCCAGAAGAGCCAGAUUCUGAUUAUGGAGCCGUUAGUAGCUUAGAUGGAACUUGGAAUUCGGGUCGCAGAUGGCACGACAGAUCAUACAUCUGCAAAACACCCAAAGUUCCAGCCACAGAUCCUGAAGUAAAUCCUGAGCCUCAUGGAGAUGAUGACCGUCGCAGUCGUGUCCACACGAGUUUGGUCGUCGUGCUGCUCAUCGUUGCGAUCUCCUCGCUGAUGGUUGUUGCUUUCUUCCUCUACAAGCGGUCCCCUCGGCCCCUCCCCACCUUYGAAAACCCACUCUACUUCAACAGCGAAAAAUCCCAGCCAGAUGUGAUCGACACCAACAAACUGAUAGAGAACGCAGAAAACAAUGAGCCUAUAAUAACACUGUAAUUAUCAAAAAAAAAAAAAAACUACUGGAAGAUUAAUUUUACAUUAUAAACACUGAUGUAUUACAGUCUUGUACCUUUUUAUUAUACUAUAAACAGUUUAUAUUUAGUAAAUUAACCGUAGUUUUUCUGUCUUUUCCUAAUGGUUGUAUAUAAUGGAUACAUGUGUUUUUUACAACCUGGUUUAUUCAUGCGUUUUACACUUUAAAUGUAAAAAAGUUAAAUAAAAGCUUAUCGGCUGUUACUGUUAAAUAAACAAUAAACUUUCUUAAAACUACACUGUUAUUUUUUAAUUAAAGAAGUUAAAAUUAUUUUACUAUACUAUGUUUUCCUAUUAGUACUGCUUCUUAUGAUGUAAAUGUACUUUAUUCAGGUCAAAGUACUGAUUAAAAUAAAUGUUGCUUGAGUGUUUUCAUUCUAAAUAUCAAAACUUAAUAUUUAAUUUUUUUCUUUGCAUAAUUAGAAAGUGUCUAACUACUUUGGAUUUGAUUACUUUGUUUUUUGUUUGUUUGAAAGUAAUAUUGUGUAAGCUAAUUAUUUUAUUAAAACUAGUUGUUCUUUUGUGUUGAUUUAUGUAAGCCAGGUGAAAACCCAAAGAAACCUGUAUUGUAUUAUUGUGCAGUGCUUUGUGUGCUUUAGAAAUAAAGUUGAUUGUUUCAAUUGCUGAAUGCAAGAACAGGACCAGAAUGCUCUUGGAUUAGAUUUUUUAUUUUAUUUUAUUAUGCCCAAGCCGAAGAAGCAGCAGGAGUAAAUGUUUUUUUGUUAAAUCUUUUUGUAUCUUUUUGUUUUGUUGGUUGUUUUUAGUUUGUUGCCUGCUUGCAAUGGAUAAAUAAACCAACCCACAAAACCAA